AACACCUGAUACACACACACACACAGUCGAGUUGUCAGGAGCUGUGGACAGAAAGGCGAGCAGAGAGGCGAUGGGAGAGAAUGCAACAGUGAUGUGAACAUCAGUGGAGUAUUUUUUUCCAAACACACAUCGAGACAAAGAAACACAGCUUUCAGUGAAGACACACACCAGGACUAACAUCAGGACUGAGAGUAUGAUGCCAAGAUGAGCUGUGCUCAGGCUGAACCAGACGAAAGGCCUGCAAAUCCCAGUGACAACUCUAGUCCCAUUGCAAAUGCCAAUCCAAAUGUCACUAAGCCUAGUGUCUCUGGAAGCCCUAUCGCCAGUGCCAAUGCACCCUCAAAUCCAAGCAAUACUUUUAACCUCAAUGCCACAAACACCAGCGAUGAGAUUGAGUGCAAGAUCUGUUAUCAGCGCUACAACAUUCAUAGCCGUAAGCCCAAGAUACUGGACUGUUUGCACCGUGUUUGUGCUCGCUGCCUUAACAAGAUCCUGGACAUUGGGGACAGCUCAGGCUGCAUCUGCUGUCCCUUCUGCAGGCACGAGACAAGAGUUAGUGACUAUGAAGUGGCAGCACUACCAGAUGACUCAAACAUCAUGUCAUUCCUGGCAGUUCGAGACAAGUGCUGGAGCUCAGACCACAACAAAGAGGUGGUGCUGACACCCAAGAGCUUAUCGUCCAGUGACAGUCCAUACCACGAUUCUUCUAACUGCCUGGUCAUCACCAUUAUGGAAGUCCAGAGAGAUGCACAGCAUUCACCCAGUCGCAAUGGUAGCUCCGAUGACUAUGGGGAACACAGCCUGGACUCUGUAUCAGUGGCAUCCAAUGGUGGCACAAUGGACCAGGACGCAUUCACCAAGUUUUGCAAUCACGUACCCCGGAUCCUUGUGUGGUUACUUGGCUUCUUCUACUUUGGGUCCUUGCCACUAGGCAUUUACUUACUGGUGAUCCAAAGAGUUACUCUGGGUAUUGUAUGUGUUAGCCUUGUCCCCACCAGCCUUACUGUGUGUCUAGUGUAUGGAUUCUGCCAGUGCCUCUGCCAAGGCAUAUGUGACUGCUCUAGCAGAAGCUGACUGGACACAACACGACAUCCCAGAAUGAGCUGCGCGAACAAACUUAUAACACAAAGACACCUUCUUAUAUGUGUUGAGGGCUAUUAUACUUAAGAAAUAUCGCACGAGCAAGAGUGAUGUUGCACUGAAUAUCAGGUAAUCACAGCUAUAAUGAUAUUCAAUGUAACAAGCAGGAGUGUGAUAUUGAUAUUGCGUUCAUACCCAAGUUUUAAAAAUCUGAAAUUCAUAUAGUGUAACUGACAUUUCACACACACACACACACACACACACACAGCGGCCAAAUAUUUUCUUUAUUUUUGCUCCAUCAAAGAAAAAAGAAGCUAAAGAAGCCACAGCUGAAUAGAGCGCUGCGUGUUGCCAAGCACGCGCUGACGGACAACCUGUAGUACAUGUAGUAAUAUUUUCAAUUAACAAACUAUUGCUAAAAUUGAAAUUUUGUGUGAUGAACACAAACAAGUAGAGUGAAAUGUACAGUACAAGUGCUUUUAUAUUAAAAGUCAGCACUCUUGGAAUGCCACUUUUUAAAUGACUGUUGUAUAAUAAGCUAAAAAUGUAAAGCUGUCACUUUCCUUAACAAACAAAACAAAUGUCACAUCUGUCAGUGUGUGAGGCCUGGUUUAUACUUCUGCUUUAAAGUGUAUAUGUUUCAUGACUCAAAGAAGGGGUUUAUAGCUAGGAGGUGCAAUAACGGUCUCUCAUGCUGUCUUCCCAAAAGCUAACACUGAGUCAUGAGUAGCUAGGGUGCUGUGUGUCAACCAGCCUGUAGGCAAGGGCUGACUGGUUGAGGCAGGGAGGUAUAUCUGGUUGUAUACUUGAAAACAUUAUGACCUUGUAACCCCAAUUGUGCCAAGUCUAUCAAGGGUUUUCAGACCUAUCCUGCCCUAAAUCCACAUCACAUCCUGUACUUUUUCUCUUUUUCGCUUAUGGGCUGGGGACAUGCUUCUUCAAACCCUUUUGUAAGUGCAGUCCAUUCGACAUAAUAUACAUAACUGUAACAGAUGAAAAACUAUUUCUAGAAAUAUCUUUUCAGCUGUAGUCAUGCUUUUGCUCAUUUUUAGGGAGCAGUCUUGAAUGAAAAAAUGUGUCCUGUACGACAACACUCUCGUUUUCCUACAGCUAUAAGGUGUCUGCCUUUUGUCUGUCUUUGCUUUAUACAUAUUUAUAUGAUCACUUUACUGUAUCAUGGAUUUAUUUGCAGGAAACUACAGUCAUGAUAUUGUGACAUGUGAGAAUAUAAAGUGUGAGACAGUUUAUACUGACUGUAGCUGUAAUUAUAAUGGCCACUUCAAUCAACUCGCAGGAUCCAGCAAUUUUCUUUUCUUCUAAGGGACUCCAGUAUGGUGGUGCAAUUUCUUUCCUUUUUGAAAAACGAUUAAGUAUUCAUCACUCUGUGAUUGCUACAAUUGUCGAUUUAAACACAAAAGUUAAAUGGAGUUGCUUCGAAAUAUGAAUAACUUAAUUUUUUGUGAAUUGACUUGCUUAAUAACUGAUGAUGGCCCAACACUUUUCAAAACACUCGUUGUCUCAUAUUUAUUAUUCCUACAGUGAAACACUGGCUCUGAGACUGUUUUGGCUUACCCCAUUUUAUUUAUUCUGGUACAUAUGACAUUGCAUCAUAUUGUAAACACGUAUGACAUGGAUCUAUGAAGGCAGGCACCUAUAUGAGCGUAUGCGCAAAUACGUGUUCGCAGAAGUAUAAACCAUGCUUAACAUUAAGGAUGUUUAUUCCUCUUAGUACUAUAUUAAAGCCAUACAACAUGGCAAAUAAUCCCCGAAAUGUCCUCCAGAACACCAACUGGAAAGCCAAAUGAUGAAACAAUUUCCAGUAUGGAGGCUGAAGUAAUCAAGUUUGAGCUUUGUGUUUGUAGCCAUAACAAGCUUUUUUGUGAGUAUUGUAGCAAACUGCUGUAGCAAUCUACGAAAUGUUAUGACUUGUUGAAAAGUGAGGUCAAAGUGAUGAUUCAAAGACGUUAAGAGCACAUAAUAAACUGGAGCCAUUUGUGGGAAAGAGGUUAAAAUAAAGUGGAUUUACUUUAAGUGCUUGUAAGUUCUAUAUCAAGAGACAUAAUCCAUUAAUGAGGCAACAUUUUAUACUGUUGAUAGAGACAUAGCCAGUUUUCACACUGCCAGACAUAUUGUAUCCUUGCCAAGUCCUUCACACUUUUAUUAUAUUACAUGGCUGUCUGUAAAUAGGGCCAUGGGUUAGAUGAAGUACACGAAAAGCACACUUGGGAUAACAUGACGUGGCUUUUGAGAGGAAAACAAUAGUUACUUGCAGGGGUCUUUUGUUCUUUGUCAUCUCUCUCACUGGUCCUGUCUCUCUCCUUGACAGCCAAAUGGAAUAGAAUGACAGGAAAUGCUGUCCCAUCUGCCCUAUCUGGCACAAUGACCACGCUUGAGGUAUUCUCAGAAGAAUAGCAAAAGGCGAAUAUGAAAAACAAACAUCUCAAGAGAUACAACGAUGCACUCAGGACUGAUAAGAGGGAACAGUGUAUGAUUAAGAGGAGAUCUGGCUGGAGAAAUAUCUGAGAAAUACUUCAGUUGAUUGAAGAAGAGGAAAGGAGACAAAUGUUAUCAUGGAGAAACUUUCGAAUCUUAUCUUUCAUCUUUCAAUCACCUGGCAUGACCUGACUACCAAAAACCAAGAGAUUUGUAACUAUUUAACAUGUGGUCAGUUUAGGAUAGUUGCUUAAUUUCUUUUAAAAAUGAACUGCGUGCAAUUCUGUGAAUUACAAAUACUGGCUCUUGCACAUUUUAAACAUUACAUGAAAGCCAUGUAUUAGUGCAAUAAAGCAGAAGAGCAGACCUUAAAUCCAUUAUUAAUACUCAAGUGUGGAGCAGCAUUAAAUCUACAGUAAG